GAAGCGGAAGUGCAAAGCGGUCCGUCACUUCCUUCGGCUCUAGUGGCUCAACGGACCGUACAAGUGACUCUCGGUCGGGCCGCAGGAUGAAGGCGGGGAAAAGCGAGCGGGAGCGAAGCGGCCGGCGGCGACACCGGUCAGGCGACGCUUUGGCGACCGUGGUGGUGAAGCAAGAGCGUCUGAGCCCCGAACCCGUCGCGCAACGCCGGCCCGACGCUCCAGCUGCUAGCCUGUCCCCGCCCGCCGCCGAGCCUGGCCGCUCUGGUCACCGCGGAAGCCGAGCUCGGUCCCCAGCCAAAAAGAAAAGCAAGUCCUCUGGAAGAAGAAGCAAGUCUCCUCGGACUAAGAGAAGCCGGAGUCCCCACUACUCCACUGUCAAAGUGAAGCAGGAACGUGAGGACCAUCCACGGAGAGGACGAGAGGAUCGGCAGCACCGGGAGCCAUCAGAACAGGAGCACAGGAGAGCUCGGAACAGCGAGCGAGACCGGCACCGGGGCCAUUCCCGCCAAGGGAGGAGCUCUGAUGAGAAGCCUGUCAGUGGGCAGGAUCGGGAUAGAGACAGCCAGAACCUGCAGGCCCAGGAAGAAGAGAGGGACUUUCACAAUGCCAGGCGCCGGGAGCACCGCCAGCAGAGUGAAAAUGCUGGCGGUGAUGCUCAGGAGGUGAUCCCUCGCCCUGCUGGUAACAGAAGCAAAGAGGUACCCGUUAAAGAAAAACCAAGCUUUGAACUUUCUGGGGCUCUUCUUGAGGACACUAAUACCUUCCGGGGUGUGGUUAUUAAAUACAGUGAGCCCCCAGAAGCCCGGAUCCCCAAAAAACGGUGGCGCCUCUACCCCUUUAAAAAUGAUGAGGUACUUCCAGUCAUGUACAUCCAUCGGCAGAGUGCGUACCUUCUGGGUAGACAUCGACGCAUUGCAGACAUUCCCAUCGACCAUCCCUCUUGCUCAAAGCAACAUGCAGUCUUCCAGUACCGGCUUGUGGAGUACACCCGUGCUGAUGGCACAGUUGGUCGGAGGGUGAAGCCCUACAUCAUUGACCUUGGCUCGGGCAAUGGAACAUUCUUGAACAACAAGCGUAUUGAGCCACAGAGAUACUAUGAACUGAAAGAAAAAGAUGUACUUAAAUUUGGAUUCAGUAGCAGAGAAUAUGUCUUGCUUCAUGAGUCUUCAGACACCUCUGAACUUGAUAGGAAAGAAGACGAAGAUGAUGAUGAGGAGGAAAUGGUGUCUGACAGCUAGCUGCUGAGAAGCCGCCUCCACUGUCUUCACUGUGGUCUUCCAGCAUCAGUCUGAGCACCCAAAGUAGCUGGCCCUAGAAGCCAUCAACAUCAACAAGGUCCUGUGUUUAUGCCCAAACACCCAGGAGCCUAUGAAUGCAAGCUCUGCUUGAUGCUGCACGAUGAGGACAGCUACCUGGCCCAUACCCAAGGAAGAAAACUGACCAACUUGGCCCUGCCGGUUGCCAAGUAGGUUUGCACUCUAGGUGGAAGUGACAUUUAUAAAGAUUGACCAGGAGGCCUACAACGUGAUUAAGCAAAGCGAUGUGGAAAUGGAUCAGCAGAGUUUGCUGUUUCAGGUCAGCUAUCCUGAGACCAUGGAGAACAUAUCACACAACUGCUUCAUGUUCACCUAGGAGCAGAGAGAGGAUGGCAGAGCACAGAGCCAAGCUGUAGUCCUAAACAAGCCCUAAACCCACUGCAGCCUUUAAGACUAAGCAGUUCAUCCUCCAGUUUGACCUAAAGGUGGAGAUGCCCCUUCUCCACUCAUGUCAAGCCAUCCCCACUCUUAUGAACUACUGCUUGCCUUCCUCUCAAACUCCCAUCCCACCCUGUCCAGUAGCCUUUUCCUGCUCUUUCUGCAUCUUCUCUUACCCCCUGAGCCUCCCCAAAUGUUGUCACUCCCAGUCUACCUCGCAGUAACAGUCUACCCGUCAGCUCCAGGUGUGUACCCCUCUCAUCAGGGAUUCACUCCCAGGCUCCAGGAGGGCACCUACUUGCUUGUGCCCAAGGCUCCAGGAGGGCACCUACUUGCUUGCACAGUCUACACUCAUGCCCUAGGGCUCUUCCCGCCUUCCCCUGGGAUCCCAUCCACAGCUGCUGGGGAUACAUUGCCAGUCUGUUGGGAAUUUAUCCCUUGAUUCCCAGGGGUAUCCAACUCUAUGUCCCCUAGGCUAACACCUCCACUUCCAUCUGAGGGUCCUGGGAACAUUCUUUCCCAGCAAUCUUGACUAUGCCACCUUUUUCUAUGGCCAGUUCUUAGAAAGUUUUAUUUUGUCAAGUCCUGAGCCCAUUAAACAGCCUCCCCCUUGUGCAAGGAUAAUUUAAAAUGGCUGGGGAUUAGUUUAUUAGUAGAGUGUUUGCCUGGCUUGAGUGCAGUUUCCAGCACUGAAGACUUUUUGAAGAAAAUGGAGGGGAGACAGCUGGGUGUGGUAGUUACAUCUUUAUAAGUAAUACUUGGGCAGCAGAGGCAGGCAGAUCUGUGACUGAAGAGGGCAGUCUGGUCUACACACGGAGUUUGAAGCUAGCCAGGGCUACAGAGUAAAGAAUUUGCAUGAAGUAAAAAUUUCAAAAGAUACAGUUUAGAAAGUGAGAGUUGAGGUCAUUUACUGAAAAGCUAGAGUGACUCUCAGUUGAAAACAGCACAGUCGUUGGUUUACCACUGUGAGUCAAGACACAGCAGCACUGAGCAAACGUUCCAGGAAUGGGUGACUUCUGAGGAGCAGAGGUGGACUUUGAACUGUAGGAGAGAGCCCCUGGACCAGUUGAGACAGUUGAGGAAGCAUGGGGUUCUAGAGGGGUGCAUGGGGAAAGUAUAGGCUAUGCUUUGAAGUCCCAUAGUGCUGAGUGGCAACGAUCAUACAGUCACUUGCAGAGCAUGACGGACAGAGUGGAGGCAAAAGACUUGAGUAGGCUGCUCACAUCGUGAGAGUCACAGAAAUCUCAGUGGGUGGGACAAGGACAGGCUCAGGCAAACCCUUGUCUCAAUAAUAUAGUAGUA